AUGGCUUCACUCGCUGCUGGUGUUGAAGUUGCAAAGACUGUCACGGCGGUAGCUACACUGGGAUUCGUUCCUGUGGCUAUCCACUUCCACCCGUUUGACAUAUUAGCCAAGUUCGGCGGGCCAGUCAGUGCGGAGCAAGUGGCAACAGCAUGCCGCGAGGAUAGAGCAAGAGCAAGAGAAGCGGAAGUGGACGUGCCAUGUCCACGGCUAAUCGGUAAGAUCUGGGCAACACUUUCUCAAGGCAUUGGCUGA